GGGUGAAAAAAAAAGUAUUCAUGAGCAUAACAGUUUGUAGUUUGCCCUCAGCAAAAACUCCACUUAGGCGUAACAUUCGUUUAAGCAAUAGCAGUUCGGUUUUUGAAUAAAAAGAAAUUGGAUUUAAAAGAGUUAAGUGGUUUAAUUUUUGUUUUUGCUUUUUUUUUUCAUAUUGAAAACAGCAAAGGGGGAUUUUUGUAAAAAAAUCUAGGAUUGGACUGAGAGAAGCUCUGAAAGAUAAUUGCCUUGGAUAAAGCAUUAUAUUAUCCAAUAUAGGCAACUUUUUUUCUUUAAAAGAACAGUUAACGUAUAUCAGUUGAUAUCUACUGAACAAUUCGAAAAUGUCCCAUCAUCACAGGUCAAAUGUCAAGCCCAAAAAGCCGUUUAAGUCCAAGCAUGCCUCUAAAUCAUCUUUAAAGGAACGUUAUAGCAAUAACGUCGAGCCAAAAAGGGCAGGUCCAAAAAGUAUUCAACAUACGUCUACUAAAGCUGAUCGCCGAAACAAUGCUAAGCAAAUACAAUUGAAUAAACGGAAUGAGGUUGCUAUGAAUAAUCGAAUUUUUGGUGGUAAAAAUGGUGCUCCCAAGGUGGUUACUAUAGUACCUCUUUGCGCAAAUGUUGAUCCAUGGAAUAUUCUUAAGAACUUAUUAACUUCUGUCGAUCCUGAGGGUGAUUUCCCUCUUUUUGAAGAAAAUUCCUAUCAAUACAGUACGGUUAUAACUCGAUUUAAACAGAAGUUACAAUUUUUAAUACCCGGAAAGAAUUUCUAUAGUUUGGUCGAUGCUUGUAAAGCUUCAGAUUAUGUAGUUUUCGGUCUUUCUGCUACCCAGGAAGUUGAUGAAUUUGGUGAGCUUGUGGUGAGAACAGCUCAAUGCCAGGGAAUAUCCAGUGUUAUCUCGGUUGUCGAUGACAUGUCGGUCAUCAACAAUAUGAAGACACGCGGAGAUGUAAAAAAAUCUUUACAAAGCUAUAUGAACUUUUUCUUCUCUGAUCAAGAUCGAGUUUUUGCUUCUGACGUCUCACAGGAUGCGCUUAACGUUGUUCGUGCUCUGUGCACUUCUCAUCCUCGUGGAAUCUUCUGGCGUGAUUCUCGAGCCUACCUUUUAGCUCAGGACACUGAUUACAAAGACGGAAAGCUCUUUGUUAAAGGUGUAGUGCGUGGUAAAGGUUUAGAUCCAGAUUCCCUGAUCCAUAUACCAGGUUUUGGUGACUUCCAAAUUAAUUACAUCUACGAUGCUUCUGAUUUAAAACCGAAGAACUCUGAUACCAUGGAAGAAGACAAGAAUGUAAACGAGGCCGGUUUGGUUGAACUUGCCGCUCCAACUGAAAAUCAGGAACAAUUAGAGACUCUUGCUCCAAACGAUUUUAAUAUGGAAAUGGAAAUGGAACCUGAGCAUCCACGAGGUGUCCGUCUCGAUGACUUUUACUAUUUGGAUGAUGAGCAAGAGCCGGUGCCUGUCCCUAAGCGUGUUCCAAAAGGUACUUCUAGCUAUCAGGCUACUUGGAUUCCUGGAGUGGAUGAAGAGGAAGAACAGUAUAGUGAUGUUGAAGAUACGGAAUUGCUUAUUGAAAAUGAAGGUGGUCCUGAAGAUGAACAGCCAGUUAGUGAAAAAGACGAAAGUGAAGCUGAUGAAGCUGAUGAUACUAAGUCUGAAAUGUUUGUCGAACUAAACGAAGAAGAAGAAACUCGUCAAUAUGAAGAAUAUCGUCAAAAGGUAAAAGAGCAACAGGAAGAAUUAGAGUUUCCUGAUGAACUUGAAUUAGAUCCAAAGGAGUUAGCACGGGAACGUUUGAAGAAAUACCGUGGUCUUCGUAGUUUCUUUACCAGUCCCUGGGAUGCUGAAGAGUAUGAUCCAAGUGAACCCCCCGAGUGGCGUCAGUUAUUCAAACUUGAAAACUAUAGAAACUUAAAAAAUAAACUCUACAAACAGCCAUUUAUUGGCGAAGCCAAGCCAGGAAAGCUUGUUGUCGUAGAGCUCCGGGAUGUACCUCUUUCAGUUUACGAAUAUUAUAAGCAGCCUAGCAACAUGCUUGUGCUUUAUUCUUUAAUGGCAUAUGAGAAUAAAACUAGCGUUUCUCAUUUUACGGUUACUAAGCACUCGGAAUACGAAGAUCCUUUAGCUUCUAAAGAAGAAUUGAUUUUACAAGUCGGACCACGUCGCUUGUACGUUAAGCCAUUGUAUUCCGAUGCUCCUUCCUCAGGUGCAACAAACAACCUUCAAAAAUAUCACAAGUAUUUGCAACCUAAGGUACCUGCAUUGGGUACUAUUAUUGGUCCUAUAGUUUUCGGCGGUUUGCCAGUAACGCUUUUUAAGCCUAUGCCUGACGGUUCGUUACGCUUGGCUGCUACCGGUUCUUUCUUAAAGAGCGACGCUUCUUCUGUGAUAGUUAAGCGCGCAGUUCUUACUGGUCAUCCAUUCAAAAUUAACAAAAAGAUUAUUACCAUUCGCUACAUGUUCUUCAACCCUGAAGAUGUUAUGUGGUUUAAACCUAUCCAACUGUUUACCAAACAGGGUCGCACUGGAUUUAUUAAAGAACCAUUGGGUACUCAUGGAUAUUUCAAGGCUACAUUUAAUGGUAAACUUACCGUUCAAGAUACCGUGGCCAUGUCCUUGUACAAGCGCAUGUAUCCUGUACGAUCUCGUUUGCUUACUCUUAACGAGGAUAAUUUCCAGUAAAUUUGAUUUAGGGUCGUUGCUUUUUAGUAGGUUUGCUUAUAGCAUAUCAAGGAACAUGCAAGGAUACAAUUUAUUUUUUCUUUUUGGUUUAGAUUCGGUUAGGGUUGGACAAUAAAUUAAGUUAAUGCUAUAUUUAUG